AUGUUGCACGCCAGCAUCAGGGUGAGCACCGUUCUCGUCCUCGCGAUUGUGGGCGUGGUGCUAGCCAGUCAGCCGCCAACUGAUGUGCACGUACCGGAAGCAUUUUCGGGCAACAGUCGUAUCCUAUUUACCGGUUUAGGCAUGCCGCAAACCAAUGAGAAAGUGCCCAAAGAAGAACUCGAUCCGAAUUUUUGGCGCAAAUCGGCGAAUGAGGAGCUGCAGAAACGCCUAAGCAACAAGCUAAAUACUAACAAAGCCAAGAAUGUGAUCUUCUUUCUCGGUGAUGGCAUGCCACUGACCACAGUGGCUGCGGCACGUAUACUGAAGGGACAACGCGAAGGUAAACCGGGUGAGGAAUCGCAACUAAGCUUUGAAAAAUUCCCCUACACCGGCUUAAGCAGAACUUACUGUACUAACGCCCAAGUACCUGAUUCGGCAUGCACCUCGACCGCUUACCUCACAGGCGUUAAGACUAAUAUUCUUUUCUUGGGCGUUAGCCCAAAUGUCGACUUCAAUGACUGUAAAGCAUCCAUGGAUCCAGCUAAUGAUCUUACAUCACUCUACGAUUGGGCACAGGCAGCUGGUAAGUCUACAGGUUUCGUCACUACAACCACGUUGACACAUGCCAGUCCCAGUGGCGGUUAUGCGCACGUCUCGAAUCGUUUGUGGGAGUGCGAUACCGAUGUACGCACCUAUCUCGGCGACGAUUACACAUCGGAUUGCAUCGAUAUUGCCACACAGUUGGUUACUGAAGAACCGGGACGUAAAUUGGAUUUAUUAAUGGGUGGUGGUAUUGGUAAAUUUUUACCCAAAACCAUGAUCGAUCCAUUCGGUAAGCCCGGUGAACGUUCGGAUGGUAAGAAUUUGCUCUCCGAAUGGCAACGCCGUCACGAUGGUGGCGUCUUCGUCAGCAGUCGCAAACAGAUGAACGCUAUCAAUAUUGAAAAGACCACCAGCGUUUUGGGUAUCUUCCAAUCGACAUUGAUGAAUUAUCAUCAUCAUGCUACCGAAAGUGAGCCCACCUUGGCCGAAAUGACCGAAACGGCAAUCAAGUUUUUGCGUAAGAACGAUAAUGGUUACGUCGUAUUCAUUGAGGGUGGUCUCAUCGAUUAUGGUAAUCACGCAAAUAUGCCCGGCCUCAGUCUUGAUGAGACUUUAGAACUUUCAAAGGCUGUGGAGUUGGCGCGUAAUAUGACAGAUCCCGAAGAUACUCUCAUCGUUGUCACAGCGGAUCACGCCCAUCCACUCAGCAUCUCCGGUUAUCCAGAACGUGGCAAUGAUAUUUUAGGUUUGAAUAAUAUGGGUGUCGACUCCAAUGGCGUUAGCUAUGCUACUCUCAAUUAUGCUAUUGGUCCUGAACAAUACUUGGAUGAGCAUGGCAAUCGUAGAGAGUUGUACGGAGAAUUCGGCGGCGAUCCAGACUUUCUAUACCCAAGUUAUAUCAAGUCCUCGAUGGGCAAUCAUGCCGGUGAUGAUGUAGGUGUCUGGGCUUCCGGUCCACAUGCUCAUCUCUUCACUGGCCACUUGCAACAAAACACGCUUCCCCAUCUGAUGGCAUAUGCUGCCUGUAUCGGUGAUGGCGCUAAGUGCUGUGAUUAG